AUGGCAGCUGUUGCCAACCAAUCUUACAAUAUGUUUCCCCAACAGGAGCAGGACUUUAUGCUCUACCCUGAAGCUCACCACCACCACCAUCAACACCACAAUAACGGCUAUGCUUCGCCAAUACUAGAUAUGCACAUGAGCCCAAACGGUUUUCACGCGCCGCGAAGUAUACAAAGUGAUUUCCCUCAAACCUCUGGAUUUGAGGUUGGCGCGAUAUACCCAGAAUCACAACACAUUAUUUACAACAGAACGUCACCUGGUAUGUUCCCAGAGGACGGUGAACUAGCAAUACCAGCUUCAAACCUCUCCACCGCAUCAGCUCCUUCGGCAGCAUCGUCCACAGUCGGAUCGCCCAGUUCAAACAACGGCCAAUUAGCUUUCCUCCCCGAGUAUUCGCAGAAUGCUCUGGGCGUCAACCCGGGUAUUGUUGGUGCAAGCGACUACUACACAGGGGGUGACUACGCUCCUUUCCCCAAUACAGGUAUGGAAGAAUUCAACGUGGUUUAUGACAAGCCAGCCGGUUUCGUUGAUCCCUCGAUGAUUCACCCGGAAAUCCGUGGACCUGGACCGAUGGCCCCGCCAACAAUACAACCCGCACGCUACGAAAAUAACAACUUCAACUCGCCUCAAAACCCUUACCCCAACUCACCCGCUCUUUCUGGUGCCGCCUCACCAGCUCCAGCUAUGCGCAAUGGCAGCCAAUCGCCAUAUAUGCACUCAUAUCCUCAACAGUACAGUCCUUACCCAGCGCCUCCACUAGCACACCCUACGCAACAAAGUCUUUCGUCACCUCAGUCGCAUGGAUCUCACGAAUAUUACAACAAUGAAGAAUCGGAGAAGAAGCAGAGAUGUUCUUACCCGGACUGCGGUAAGGUCUUCAAAGACCUUAAGGCGCAUAUGUUGACUCACCAAACCGAACGACCAGAAAAGUGCCCAAUCCAAACGUGCGACUACCACAUCAAGGGCUUUGCACGGAAAUACGACAAGAACCGACACACCUUGACUCACUACAAGGGUACCAUGGUGUGUGGAUUUUGCCCUGGAUCUGGUUCGGCUGCCGAGAAGUCGUUCAACCGUGCCGACGUAUUUAAGCGACACUUAACGGCCGUGCAUGGCGUGGAACAAACACCUCCCAACAGCCGAAAGAAGGCGGCAACUUCGGUGAACAAUGGCAAGAAGUUGACUGGUUAUGCGCCUGACGCCACAGGGAAGUGCUCGACUUGCUCGGCUACUUUCUCUAACGCACAGGACUUCUACGAGCAUUUGGACGACUGUGUUUUACGCAUUGUUCAACAGGAAGACCCCGCCGAGGCCAUCAACGCCAAGCGAUUAGCUGAAGUGGAAAACGAUAACGAUGUUCACCAGACUCUUCAAAAGAACUCAUUACCUCUCACUACACAAGCUACCUCUAACUCAGAUGAUGACGACGACGAAGAGAUGGGCGAAGAGGAUGACGCCGCAGACGAAGACUUCAAGUCGAAGAAGCUUACUUCGCCCACGACAAAGAAGAAGGGCAACCCAGCCAAUGGUGUUCAGAAGUCCCGAGGCAUGACGCACUCGAGAGGCGGCGUACCGCUAACGAGUAAGAGCAAGAGCCGCAAGAAUCGACGCGAGUACCCGUCUUCGUGGGGGUUUGACAAGGGUCAGAUGACCUUGAAGAAGCGAAUCAUGACCGUAUUCGAUGGCCCUCGUCGAUUAGCAAAGGACGACAUGAUGCUCUCAACAGAUCAUGAGGUCCGUCUCAAGCUAGGCGACGGAAAGGCCUACGUGACGGACCUUGACGUCGAAACGCUGAAGCGCGCCAACGGCUUCCUCGGCGCAACAGAAGAGGAGAAGGGACUCUGGGUGUCUGAUGACCCCACCGAGGAGGACAUGAAGACAAUGCUGGAGUUUAGCCAGCACCACCACUAA